UUUAUAUUUUUACAUAUCUGUCAAAAAUAAAAACUUACAUUUUUAAAACAUGGGUAACUGGCAGUUAGAAGUUGGAAGAAUGGCUUUAUAUAUCGCUUUCCCAGUAGUUAUGUUCACUUACUUUAACCAACCUCAGUACUUUGAAGAUUGGGUAAUAAAGACUAAAAGAGAAAUGUACCAUUCGAAGUCAACUGAAGAUCCAAAGAAAUUUGAAGACACUAUUACCUCUUUGAAACGUAAACAGGAGCUGAAACUGUUAAACCAAUUGGAAGCUAAGGAAAGUAGUUAAUUGUGUUAAGUUUAAUAAUAAGUUUUAUGUAUCAUGAACAUAGUCCAGUUUUUUUUUUCGAUUUAUAAGUAAAAAAAUGUUUAUCUGAUAUUUACAAAUAAAGAUCGUAUUCAUAA